GCGCAGCAGCCGCGCUCCUCCGCCCCCCGCGCAUCUCCGUCCGUUUACCCACAAGUUGACCCCCGCCCAGUCACCGCGACGACGGCCGUCCCCGGCCCACGCGCGCCUCUCGUUCCCAGAGCCCGAGGCGGACCACAAGCCAGCGCGCGCUCCCGCCCGGCCCGACGACACCAGCCUACGAGCGAGCCACCGCCAUUCCCGGCCUGCGAAACCCAGGACCGUCUCGUCUGACCACUCCUCCGUUCGCCGCCAGUGAUUCCCCUUUCACUCGCCGCCUGAUCCCAUGGCCGUCGCGAGGCUGGUGGCCGCGCCAUUCCCCCUCGCCGCCGCCCGGGCCCGCGUCCCGCCGGCGCGGCUUCCGUUCGCGCCGCUCUCUGCGCGGCCCCUCUCCCGGCGCGCCGCCGCGCCCGCCCUGCGCGUGGCGUCGGACGGCAACGGCGGCCUCGUCCCCGCCCGCCCGGGCCAGGAGGCGCCGGAGGACGCGGCGACGGCGCCUGCGAGGGGCGCCGUGUCGGAGCGCGCGGCGAGGAAGGAGUCGGAGCGGCGGACGUACCUGGUGGCCGCGCUCAUGUCCAGCCUCGGCAUCACCUCCAUGGCCGCCGCCGCCGUCUACUACCGCUUCGCCUGGCAAAUGGAGGGCGGCGAGAUUCCGGUGACGGAGAUGCUGGGCACCUUGGCACUCUCGGUGGGCGCGGCGGUGGGGAUGGAGUUCUGGGCGCGGUGGGCGCACCGGGCGCUGUGGCACGCGUCGCUGUGGGACAUGCACGAGUCGCACCACCUCCCCCGCGACGGGCCCUUCGAGCUCAACGACGUGUUCGCCAUCGUCAACGCCGUCCCGGCCAUGGCCCUCCUCGCCUUCGGCUUCUUCAACCGCGGCCUCCUCCCCGGCCUCUGCUUCGGCGCCGGUCUCGGGAUCACGCUGUUCGGGAUGGCCUACAUGUUCGUCCACGACGGCCUGGUCCACCGCCGCUUCCCCGUGGGCCCCAUCGAGAACGUGCCCUACUUCCGGCGAGUCGCCGCCGCGCACCAGAUCCAUCACAUGGACAAGUUCGACAGCGUGCCAUACGGGCUGUUCCUCGGCCCCAAGGAGCUGGAGGAGGUGGGAGGGACGGAGGAGCUGGAGAAGGAGGUGCAGAGGAGGAUCAAGAGGAGGCAGAAAUCAGACGCCAUGCAAUGAGGAUGCAUGCUAGCUGGAGUACUUAACUCUUUUUUGUUUUUGAUAACAUGCCAGCUCUUGCCUGCCUUGCGAUAUAUAGUAUAUGCAGAUUUUUUUCCUCUUCUUCUGAUUGGGAUUAGAUUUUGUGUCACUAGUUUAGUAGCCAGAAACGGAGGCGACGUGCGUCAGGUCGGUCCGUGGAGCACACUGGUAUUAGAAAAUGUUGUGCUGGUAUUAUGUGUAGUACUGUGUCUAUUACUAUUGUUAUCUUGCUGUAUCGUGCUGCUGACUGUAGUGAGACACUAAUAUACAGUAGUACUACCAGUAAAAA